AUGGCUAAGUACUUCAAUUCUAAGCGUGGUCCAGCCACCCCGGCACGUAACACUUUCGCUGAUCCCCCACCUGCUUCAGUACCUGCCCCAGCCCCACUUCAGCAUUCUACUCCCGCCCUAAGUACCCAGGGUACCCCACACCCAAAAAGGAAGGAUAACUACCAGCAUACCUUCAGCAAUAGCAAGCGUGGUCAACAUGGCAACCACCACCAGUCUAGUGGAAGCAACCCUCCCAAAACAGGUGAUCGAGCGCCACUCCCCUUCACACCCAAGCCUAGGUUCGAGGUCUUCACCACCCUCAACACCACCUACAAGAAUGUCCUAGUGCACGAGGCACCUAUCAUACCCAAGCCUCCCUCCCGGAGACCAGGCAGCAAGCCUAUGCCCAACACGGGUGUCUUCUGUCGCUUUCAUCAGUUCGGUGGCCACGAUACCGAAUCUUGUGUUUCCUUGCACAACAUCAUUGAAGGCCUCAUCCGUGAGGGCAAGCUGGACAAAUGUGUGCACCAUCUCCCACCCCCUCCACCUAACCCUCACCAACGGCAGAUCAACAUGAUCUCAACCAUCAGUGGUGGUCCUACCUUGGCUGGAACCUCCAACAACUCUAUCAAACAUUAUGUCCGCUCCACUUAUGCGCACCAGGUCUUCAGCACUGAGCAGGGACGCCUUUCGAAGAUGCAAAAAUCAGGCUGGGCCCCCCAUUACCUUCUGAGAGGAGGAGGAGCGUGGUAUUAUUCUCCCCCAUGA